AUGCAGGCAGCUAUAGCCUUUGUUCAAGAACCUUGGGUUUACAAGGGUAAGAUUAGAGGUCUAAGUGGCGGUGGGGUGCUAGUUAGUUCACCACAGGAACCAGUUCCAAGGGCUUGUCUGAUCUAUAAAGGUCUAGAUGCUUUCCCUCUAUUGGAAUUAACUACCAGGGACUUAGUUGUUGUUAAGGCUAAGUACCUAGAAAAGAACGGAAAUAAAAGGGAGGUUGUAGUAGCUUCCGCAUAUUUUCCGGGAUCGGGGGAUGACCCCGCACCACCUGCAGAGGUGGAGAAGUUGGUAGAUUACUGUCAACGGCAAGGUCUCCCAUUAAUAAUAGGUUGUGAUGCCAAUGCGCACCAUGUCGUAUGGGGCAGCACUGACAUUAACGAUAGAGGCAGAAGACUUUUAGAUUUUCUGUUAGAUACAGAUUUAGAUAUUUUAAAUCAGGGUAAUGAGCCGACUUUCGUUACUGUUAACAGAAAAGAGGUGUUGGAUAUUACGAUCUGUUCAAAGUCUUUUUGUGAUGGUGUGAGGGACUGGAGGGUGUCUGAUGAAGAUUCCCUCUCGGACCACAGGCUUAUUACGUUUAGAUUGGAAUCGAAGGAUCGGGAACAGGAGUGGGGACGUAAUCCUAGAAGUACCGACUGGGCUUCAUAUAGUGAAGACCUCAAGGCCUCCAUGGCAUGCUUCCCCACUUCCUAUGGAACGAUGGAGGAGUUAGAACUUGCAGCGGAAUAUCUGCGAGAUUCUGUGAGGAGUGGUCAAGCGGUGAUUAACUUCGGUAGCUCGGUCCAAGCGGGGAAAUACUUUUAG